AUGUCAGCCAGAGGUGUCUUUGGUUGGUCUCCGCCUCACAUGCAGCCAUUAACUCCGGUCUCGGAGGUGUCGGAGCCGCCUGAAUCACCUUUUGCGUACGUAGAGCCGGGCAUUGAGGCGGUGGGCCCAGCAGAUGAUGAAGAGGAAAUUGAGGACGAGGCGGAACCACCACCGGCCGCCGUGCCAUUUUUGGGGCUGUUUGCUUGUGCCGACGGAGUUGAUUGGGCUCAGAAUAGUUGUUGGGUCGUUGGCUGCGGCGGCCCAUGGGGCGGCGAUUGUGGUGUAUUUGUAUUUGUUCGGGAAGAUUAUACAUUUGCUGAGCUUUGA